CCCUGCACCGCCCUCCAGCCCGCCUCCCAGACGCCCACCCACCCGCUCCUCUUUCCGCAAGAUAGCAGAGGUGGCGCGCAGCCCGGCGAGCCGAUGACGGACCCCUUCUUCCUGCCUUCAAUGCCUCAGCGGAAGAUCCCCAAGGGCUGGAGCGAGGAGCGCUGCCGCUGGACAUCCUCCCGGGGAGGCUGCUCCGACCUGCUGCGCGGCGCGUCUGAGACUGGGGACUGAGCCACCCCGCCGCCGCCGGCGCCGCCGCCGCCGCCCGCUCCGUCGCUGCCGUCGGUCUGGACUGGCCCCCACCUCGCUGCGCCCUCUCCCCGGCCCCGGCCCCGGCUCGGGGCGUCCCGGGGCUCGCCCUGCGACCGCCGCCUCCCGCGCGCCGCGUCCUCCCGACCCCGCGGCGGCGACGAUGCCCGGGAGGAGGGUCCUGACGGCGGCGGCGCGGAUGGUGGCGGCCGGCGCCCGGGUGUGAUGCGAGCGUCACGGUGGGGAUGCUGCUGGCUGCGCGGCGCUGAGGGCCAGCGAGAGCGAGAGCCCGCCCGGGGCGGAGGACGGACUCAUCCGGAUCUGGCUGCAGCGUGGGCUCGGAGCUCCCCCUUCCUCUCGGUCUCCCUCUCGGCCCCCCUUUAUUUCGUUCUUGCUUUGCGUCUUUAACACCUCUCGACCCUGUCCUCCCCCCGCCACUGGAAGUCUUCCCGUCUCUAAAUGGAAUUAGUGGAGCCCGGAGCCUCUGGUGUAACGCACAGACAUGAUCCAUGGGCGCAGCGUGCUUCACAUUGUAGCAAGUUUAAUCAUCCUCCAUUUGUCUGGGGCAACCAAGAAAGGAACAGAAAAGCAAACCACCUCAGAAACACAGAAGUCAGUGCAGUGUGGAACUUGGACAAAACAUGCAGAGGGAGGUAUCUUUACCUCUCCCAACUAUCCCAGCAAGUAUCCCCCUGACCGGGAAUGCAUCUACAUCAUAGAAGCCGCUCCAAGACAGUGCAUUGAACUUUACUUUGAUGAAAAGUACUCUAUUGAACCGUCUUGGGAGUGCAAAUUUGAUCAUAUUGAAGUUCGAGAUGGACCUUUUGGCUUUUCUCCAAUAAUUGGACGUUUCUGUGGACAACAAAAUCCACCUGUCAUAAAAUCCAGUGGAAGAUUUCUAUGGAUUAAAUUUUUUGCUGAUGGAGAGCUGGAAUCUAUGGGAUUUUCAGCUCGAUACAAUUUCACACCUGAAUAAAAGGCAAACUCCUUAGCAGGAUCUACAGAGUGUUUCGUGAUCUCUCCUUCUCCAUCAUCUCAUCUCUGGAUGCUGUGGUGCCCAGAACGUUGAUCUAACACCACCUUGAAGCACACAUGCUGAUCUCCAGGUGCACCAUGAUUUGUGCCCUUGAAAAUGCUGUUUGCUCAAUCUUUCUGGAGAAAGUUUGCCACAUAUUCGGACUUAGUAAAUUCGAACUCCUACCUUGAAACUCAGAUGAAGGUUCAAUCUUCCCCAGGAUUCCUUUCCUCACCAUUCUCCUAUGUGAGGGACUUCUUGUAUUAUAAUCUUUUAAUAUAAUAUUAUAUUUUAUGUAAUAUUGUGUUAAAUUAUAUUAUUUUAUAUGUUAUUUUAUAUAUGAUAUUAAAAGAUUAUAAUUAUAUAAUCUUUUUAUAUAAUUUAUUCUUGUAUUACAAUCUUUUUAUUAUAAUAGUCUCCACUCUCCCCAAAAUAUUGUGAAUUCUUCAGCUGAGAAGUUUUGCUUUAGUUUCUUAUCGCCACGGACUGGGAAUUAACAUGUAUUUAACACAUUUUGCUCAAACAAUCAAACAGUAAAAGCUGAAGAGAGCGUAUUAUUAUUCGCCCAUUCCGAGAGAAAGUUGAAGAUGACUGAAGAACUAAAAAUACAUAAAUGAAUUAACUAAUUAUAAACAUAAAUUUCCUGUAGCUCCAACAUGACUUUGAUCUGAGUAAUAGUGUUGUGAAAUAGAUUACUACAUGAUUUUCAUUGCUUUUAUAUUAUAUAUAGUAAUUAAUAUUCAGAAUAGUUGAUUAACUUUGUUAAGUGUCACAUAAUUUAAAAAUGAAAUUGGUGUUUGGCCCCAGAUAUGUUUUUCUGUGUUCUUUUUAAAUUUCAUUGAGAUUUUCUUAUACUCCCCUCAUUAAAUCUAUUAUCUGGUUUCUAAACCUUUUCCUAUUUAAUGUCUCUUUUCCUUUCUUUCUAAAAAGUAACUGGUUAAACUACAGUUUUGUCAUUUAUUAAAUUUUGUCUGUUAAUAAUGUUAUUAUUAUUGUAGGGAUAGUCAAUAUUAUCAUUUUAAGGAUAGUUAAAACUUAUUUUGCAAUUAAUACAUAUUUUACAGUACACUAAUAUGCAUAUAUGUUGUAUUUUAUUAAAAUAUUAAAAUGUUUUUUAAACAAAAAUAUUGUUGGAAGCUCUAAAUACCAGAGUAUUGAUUUUAAAGUCUGCCAAGACAAUAAUACAAGUAACAUAACUAAGCCUUUCUUUAAAUAAUAAAACAAGUAUCUAAAUGAAAAUAUAUCUGUCUCUUGUAGGUUGGGUGUUAAAAUGUUGUAUUCACUUUGGACUUGCUAAUUUAUCAUAGGAAUGUUAAAGAGGUGGAAGUCAUAAGUGUGAAAAUACAUAUUUUCAAGAAAGAAAUUGAGCUAGUUAAUGAGAUAUAUAAUAAUGUUUUGUAUGGGGAUGCUACAACAGCUAUUUUGUGCAGGGACGUUUAGAGUCUUCAGUUGUACACAGUUGUUUUAAAAUGAAGACUAGUUUAGUAGGCCCCCAAAGAAGGCAUUAAUUUUUCAGUUUUUGAAAGUCAGCAGAUAUAUGCACGGCAAAAAUUCCAUGCCAUCCCUGAGUCAUAUCCUCUUCUGGUUCUCACCCCACUACUGAGAACCUGGGAAGACAGGAGAGUAUGAGCAAUGUGGCAGGCCUGUGGUUGGGUUCGGGGAGGUCGUGAGAGUCAGAAAAGCAUUGAGCAUCAGGGAGUUAGUGAGAGACGGUAAUGGAGUCAGAAUUCAUUUACUAAACCAAUUUUACUUCAGAAUUAUUAUGGUGCAAGCAUGGUUCAAAAUAGGGCAGAUUAGAAUGAAGAAGAUAGAGCUUGUAGUUUAGUGGGAAAUGUGACGUUAAAGUAGAAUAAAGCAUUUGGGGUCAUAGUGGAGAAAAUAGGAUGAUAUCAGAGAAUACAGCAAAAGAACUUAACGGUCUAGAGGUCAGAGAAAGUCUUCUUGAAAUAUUAGCAUUCAAGUACAGAUCUAAAGUAGGAGGAUUUAACCAGGUGAAGUGCUUAAAUGUCAGAAAUAUCUAUGACUCAAACAGCUUGGCAGUGAAAAACGGUAGAUUCAUAUUUUGGGAAAGCUGUUUUGUAUGGAUGUAUCAAUAUACAGAUGCGUCAAAGUUUCCUCCAGUUCUACCGAUGAUUACAGAGAAUUUAAAUAACAUAUAUAUGGAGUCUUUAAGGUGAAUUCACAAAAGUAAUAGGUUAGAGCUGUGUGGAGACUAUGGAGACUACAGUUCAUCUCUUGAAUUGAUGACCCAUUUUUCAACUGAGUGUUGAGAAUAUGAAGAGCAUUAGAGGAGACAUUUACAUAGCCUUCUAAACAUGUCAUCCAUUUUGGAAAUAGAAGCCUGAAUUCUAGACUAUAUAAAUUAUGAGACAAUUUUUUAUAAGGUGUAUCUGUCUGUUCAGAAAACAUGAUUAUGAUUAAUUUGUGUAUAAAUCUGUAUGUUUAUUACACUGCUCUACUAUACAUGUGAAAAUAUGCAUAUAAACCUCAACACUAUAAAGUUUGGUACUAAAAAGUGAAUUGUAAUCAACCAUACUUCAGCCUAUCCAUUAAUAGCAGCCUAUACAAAUGAGAGCAGCAGGCAGAAUAAAUUGGGUUAGUCUAGUCAAACAUCAAUCCCUUGGAUGACACUAAGAAGCCAAAAAAUGUUGUGUAACAGGACUUAGACACAUCAACUACCAGAUGUUACCUAGAAGCUCAAGAGACAGAGUCGUAAGAUCUGCUUAUUGCAAUGUAUGGGUUAAUAAAAUCUAAAGAGGACUACUUGGCUAUUUUUUAAUUCUUUUGAAGUAUUAUUUAGAAGUGGUUUUUCCUGAGAGAUAAAUGUAGGUAAAUAAAAUCUGAAGGGUUUAUAUCACUGAGGGGGAAAAAGAAAAAAACUUGAUCUUUAUGAGUGUAAUGCACAUUUCUCUAAUUUCAGACCUGAGACUUCUAACUGUUACAAACAAUAAUGUUUUUCCCAAAAUAUUUUGAGUCAUAUUAAAUUUUUUAGAGUGCUGUUGUGGAAUUUUUAAAUAAAUUUUAGGGUGAUUUUUAUUCUACUUUUUAAGAAUUACAAAGUAUUUUGUAUGGCCUCAAAUUUUAAGAAUUAGGAAAUUGGAGAAUUAGCAAGAAUUCUGAAUAUAUCAUCCAAUUCAUCUAUCAAUUAUUCAUUUACUAAUGUGCUAAGCACUAGAGUUAACAAAUAAUUGAAAAUCAGACACUAUUUAUAUCCUACUUAGGGAGAUAGUACCAUGUGAUUUUGUCAUAAUAAAGAUAAGUACAUCACUUUAAGGAAGUAAGGGCCUUUAACUCAAACUAUGCUGCAAUAUAGAAUAACACUUUCAAGAGACAACACCAACACUUAUAUUGAAGCACUUAGAAGAGUUAUCUAGGAAGAAGGCAUGAAAGGGAAGUUCUAAACUAUAUGACUACAAUACCCAAAGACAAAUACUGGCAUUGCUUUUCCACCAGAAAAAUUGCAAGUGAUUUAGUUUGCAUGAAAUAAAAGCUUUGCAUGGAAACGUAAUGAGGAAUAUGUUUUGAAAAGUUAUACAAGAUGUAUGUGAGUGUUUUUUAUGCUAAUCUAAUUGAGUUUAGUCUUAAAACAAUGAAACUGCCAAAAUAUUAUACAUAUGAAAAUUAUCACAUUUGAGACAUAGAAUCACCAUUGGAUCACAAGAUAGAAAGUAUAUUGGGAGAGGGUGGAAUUGUUGAUGAGUUGGGAAGCUGUAAAAGAUGUCCAGGUGAAUUAAAGUACUAGUGGUAGCAUUGAAUAUGCACAGGGAGAUACAGCUUCAGAAUUACAGAGAUGUUAAAAUUUAUAACAUAUGCUGUCUGAUUGUCUGAAGGAAGAGACAGUGAGUUAUAUUGCUACAUCUUUCAUUUGAGGUACCUUUGAGAUAUGGAAGUGGAGUUAACCCAGUGUCUUUUAUCUGACACACCAGACUGUAAUUCUAUGAAGAAAUAGAUCAUUUUCAUUCAUUGUUGUGGCUUCAGUUGUUAAAUAGGAUUUUACAUUGUAAGAAGAUGUGGUCUGUGGAAUCAGAUGUGUUAGUCACUGGUAUGGAGGUGGUGGUAGAAAUCAUGGAUGUGGAUGGUAUUGCUCAGCUAAGAAAUAUCGAGAAGGACGAAGACAGACCAUCUGAGUAGGUUUGCUGGCAAGUGAAUAGAUGGGCUGUUGUUUGAGGAGCCAGAAAUAAAUACUGAAAUGGCUGGCCAGAAGAGCAUAGUGAAAUAUCAGGAAGUGGGGUAAGGGGGUCUUGAAAACCAAGAGGAAGAGACAUAUUCUAUUGCCUUGAUGAGGUAAUAGUAUACCUCAUCAAGAAGAUUUUGCAGUCAGAAGGCAUAAUUGACAACCCUAUCAAGUACAGUUUUUCCUGCAGUGGUAAAUGAAAACUCAAUGUUCAGAGAAGAAAAUAGGGGAUAAAAACUGAACAACUGGAACCCAUAAGUGUAGCAUAAUCUUUCGGAAACCUUUUCUGUGAAAGGAAUCUUGUGAUGGAAGGAUUAAGAAAGAGGAGAUGGUGAAUUUGAGGGAAAAUGCAGUCAAAGUGGAGGUGGUUAAAAUUCAUCUUUUGUUGCUUUAUGCAAGACUCAGUUCAACUAGGAAUCAGGAUUAAGACAGAUUUUCAUAUGCUUUGCCUGUAACCUGGAGAAAUCCAUCCCCUCCCCACCACAUCCUACCUCCACACCAAAAGCUGCUCCUAAAAAAUUCUGGCAGUCUUCUGUAAUACAUCUGUUCAUUGAGGAAUUAUAAGCCAACCCUCAGACCUUAUGAUCAUUGUUAUUUUUGCCAUUUGUGUUUGUUUUUUGGACUCCUUGUUUAGAUGCCCUGGUCCCUUUCACCACCCAGCAAAGGUGAUCUCACAAAAUUUUUCUGAAAACACAUGUGGCGCUACUGAUGUCUCUGAAGUUGUGGCCUCCCUGCCAACCCGUUUCUGGGGUUUGGACGCUGUCCAGGGUGCUGAGUGUGUGGCUGCAGCCUCAACAGCCUUUGCCAAUUUUGUUAGCACCAUGCCCACUCUCGCAAGCCAGCACCAAGAUAGCACUGCUGUUCCUGUCUCUUGGGAGGGCUGCUUCCUUCCCUGUGCCGCCGCUUCCUCUAUGCUGUGGACGGCUUACAUGCAUGAUCCUCUACGAUGAUAAAGCCAUAGGUUUUAUAGUACUUCCUUCAUAUUUCAGCCACAUAGGUAGAUGUGGGCCUGAAUUGAGGCAAUCUCACAGACACACACUAUGAUCCACCCCAAAUCCCUUUAUCUCGAACCUUCAUUUGGACAACCAAGAGUCUGUGUCUCUUUUCGUGAGUGAAGUUUAUUAUUUUCCUCUGUGGAUACACUGCGAAUAUAUUCAGAAGUGUGCCAACCUGCUGAGUCAAUCCUAGGGUAAUGCAGUCUUGUCUGAAGCCAGAACUUCAUACUUAUAUAUGGUGUGUUGCCUUUAGAGAUGCACUGAUAUGACAGAACAGGAAAGCAAGAGCAGCUCUGUCUGGCACACCCAGCUUAGAGCACCAGUGUGAACACUGUACUCCCUCCAUUUAAGAGGUGCCCCCAAAAUAUUAUUUUGUUACUUAGAGUUUUUAUUCUGUUCUUAUUAUUCCAUAUUCUUUCAGUUUAUCUUUUGGCAAAGGAGCAAAUAAUUAGCUUGUAUUCUAAAAAUUAAACAUAUAUUUGGGGUAAACCAAGCAUAGAACUAUUUUAACAGCUACUGUAGAACCUAAUGUGAUAUACAUUUAAAUAUACAUUUAAAUUUCAUAGUGUUCAGAAAAUGCCAGGUGUGUCCAGGUAAAGUUGUUAAGAUUGUAAAACUGCUAUCAUAGCAGUAAUGAUAAUAAUGAUACAUAAUAUCAUAAUAAGAUUGAAUAACUGAUUGGAGUAUAUUAGAUAUUUUUGUCUCUUUAUCCUGAAAACAGUUAAUAAACUUUUUAAGUUUCUUUAAGGAAAAUCAAGAUUGAGAUUUUGGUUGGUCUAUAGAUCAGCUUGAGGAAAGUUUGCAUUUUUAGUAUUUUGAGACUUAAAUUUCAUGAACAAGGUAGAUGGUAUGAUUAUUCGCUUAUUUAGAUCUUAUCUAAUGCCUUGCACUACCAUUUAAUCCUAAGUCAUUUAAAAUGUCUUCUUCAAUCCAUUCUUUUUUUAUAAUGAUCUUGUUUUUCAAUUUCUAAGUGAAAUUAUUUUUGUUUAUAAUUUCUAAUAUAAGUUGUGCUGUAAUAAGGUAAUUAGAGUGUUCCUGUUUCCCAUUUCAUUUGGUAACUCAAAUGAAUGGUCUUUCUUGCAUGUGAGACUGUUAAGGGGUAAUUUUCUUUCUUAAGAUUUUUUUUUUAGAACAGUUCUCUUGGAGACUAAAUUCUCCAGUGUUUGCUUAUUCUCUAAAUAUCUUCCCAUUUCCCCUUCAACUGUAAGAAAUAAUUUUGCCAACUGACAAUUCUAGGUUGACAGGUGUUUUCUCCCAGAUCUUAGUAGACAUUAUUUGACUGUCUGUUGUCUUUCGUUUUCACUGUUGAAAUAUCUGCAGUCAUCCUGUCAUUUCCUUUAAUUGACAUGGCUUUUCUUUCUGUGGCUUCAAGAUUUUAUCUUCAUCUUCUGUGUUUAGCAAUUCUAUUGCCAUGUGUCUAGGUAUGGAUUUCCUUUUGUUUAUUUCUUUUGUAGAAUAUAUUAUACCUUCUAGAUCAGUGACUUCAAAUUUUUAAUCACUUGUCAAAAAAUGUAGCUACUAUUUCUUUAAAUAUUGCCAAUUUUCAAUUAUAGUUUGAAAAAUUUUAUUGAAAAUUUCACUUUGAAUAUCUUUGUUUUUGUAGUUUCUUACUGUAUUACAUUUUUGCAAAUGUUUCCUUUUAAAACAGUAUGCGUAUAUCUACAGAAAGUAUUCUGUGUUUGAUAAUUGCAAACUCCAAGAUUUAUUGUAUGUUGCUUCUGCUAGCUCUCAUGUAUGAUGAUGUUGCUUCUGUUUUGGGAGCUCUUGAUUUACAUUUUUUUUUUUUUUUUUCUUGAGAUGCAGUCUUGUUCUGUUGCCCAGGAUGGAGUGCAAUGGUGCGAUCUUGGCUCACUGAAACCUUCGCCUCCUGGGUUCAAGCGAUUAUCCCCCAUCAGCCUCCCGAGUAGCUAAGAUUACAGGCAUGUGCCACCACACCUGGCUAAUUUUUGUAUUUAGUAGAGACGGGGUUUCGCCAUAUUGGCCUGGCUGGUCUCGAACUCCUGAGCUCAGGUGAUGCUGGCCUUGGCCUCACAAAGUGUUGGGAUUACAGGCGUGAGCCACCACGCCUGGCUGCAUUUUUAAUUUAUUGCUCUUACGUGGACUAAUUUUGGAAAAUUUCCUCCAAAUAUGGCUUGUUCUGUUUCUGCAAGUAGCAAAAGAUAACAUCUGACCAAAACAACUUCAACAUAGCUCACAAGUUUUGACGCAGGAAAGACCUCCAAGCCCAGCUUCCCUUUGGAGUUCUUUUCCAAAGUGCAAAAUUCUCACAGAAGUAUUGCUGUAGGAGUCGUAAGUCACGGAAGUAUUGCUGUAGGAGUCGUAAGUCACGGAAGUAUUGCUAUAGGAGUCGUAAGUCAGAGCAACUGUCCCUUUCAACAUGCCCAAACAGCAAGGACAAUUUCCUGUAAUCUUUUUUUUCCCUUUCUUUUUUCUUUUCUUUUUUUUUUUUUUUUUGAGACAGGGUCUCACUUUGGUUGCCGAGGAUGAAGUGCAGUGGCAUGAUCCCAGCUCACUGCAGUCUCAACCUCUGAGUCUCAGCUGAUUCUCCCCACUCAGCCUCCCAAGUAGCUGGGACUACAGGCAGACAUCGCCAUGCCCAGCUCAUUUUUUGUAUUUUUAGUAGAGAGGAGGUUUUGCCAUGUUGCCCUGGACAGUUUCUUGCAAUCUUGUUUCUCAAAUUUUCUCCUGCUUUGGGCCUGGCCCCUUGCUGUGAGUUCCAGAUACUGUACUGCAGGUCCCUCCAACCCAGGCUACAACCCUAUGGAGGGGCUCCACGUAUGGCCAUAUGGUUGUUUGGGGCUGGAGGGUCAUUCUGCAGUUGCUGAGUACAUGGAGGCCUGGACUGUAAAGAGACUACGGAAGGGGCAGCAUGUGUGUUUUGCUUCUCAGAGUCAUCGUCACUCACGUUGCAUAAAGUCCUCAGUUGUUUUUAAGUAAUUGUUUUACUAUGGAUAUAUUAAACAUACAGAAUGAAAAAAAGGGAAUAAACAUACAAUUUGGCAAACCCCCUACUGAGCCUUUAAAAAUAUUAGAAGGUUGGUAUUAAACCAGGUAACUUACAGAUUUGAAAAAAAAAAAAAGAAAGCAUUGAAUAUGGCUGGGCGGUUCUCUGGGGAUCCUUGGGCAGACCCAGUUUGCCCCGAUUUCUCACUGUAGUUUUCAAGAAUAACUGUAGGAGGCGGUGGGAGUGCAGCAUCCUGAGAUAAGGGAGACGAGCCAGAACAGCGCGGGCACUGUUCCAGCCCCCCUAGAAAUGGGUUGAUCUUCAGUGCUUCAGCUCAGUGUGUCAUGCUUCACCCACGAUGUAAAAGCCUAGGAUCGGAGGCUUCCCCAGGGCUCGUCAGCUGUGGCACAAUAGGGCCCAUUGCAAAUAAGAUUCUAUUCCUGUCAGACAGUUUCGUGAGUUGUGGGGGAACACUCACCCUAGGCUUCUGUUGUCCAUUCGUGCCUGUGUGUUCCUAAUCAACUUUUUUGUGUAACUUGUUUUUGAAAGUGUCACCAGCACACAGUGAACCUGUCUCACGGAAACAGAAAUACAGUCCAUAGUUUCCAAACCAUCAGAGAAUUAAAAGGAAAUACAGAAAUCGUUAUCAAUCAAAUAGAAAGCAAGAAAGAGAAAAAAGGAAUUGUGAAAAAAAAGUGGUGUAAGAAAAAGACAAAAUAUGAGGGUCAAAAUAACUAAUAAAUAUAAACAGAAUAAAUCUACCAAUUUAAAAAAACACGAGAAAAGAAUUACACUGAGGAAAAAAUCCCAGCAAGAUAGUGCUAAUAAGAAACAUUUGAAAUUAAAACCUACAGACACACAUGUAGGAGGGUUGAAACUUUUAAAUAUGAAAAGAUAAGUGUUAAGUAAAAGAAAGCUACUAAAAAGCUAAUAUCAGACCAAUUAUAAUUUAGGAUAAAAAUCAUUAAUAAUAAUGAAGGGAGUAACUGCAUAAUGGUGAUAAGAAAAUGUUCAAAUAAAAUAACAAGCUGUAAGAUAUCAAAAAUGCACCUUUAAAAUAUAUUAAUUAAAAACGUAUUUAAAACAGGAAACUAGCAAACCACGAUAAUUGUGGAACACUUGUCAUUUCUCUAAAUGUACUUAUUGUUUUACACUAAUACAAGUAAGUUAUAUGAAAGACUUCAAAAAGAUAAUGAAUAUAUUUGAUCUAAUAAAUGUGUUUACAACUCUGCACUCAAUAAAGGAAGUAUAUAUGAUUUUUAAGAAUACACAAAUUAUAUGCAAAAUUUCACCAUAUAUGUCACAAAGAAAAUCUCAACAUUACUGAAAAAAUCUAGUGUUUUAAAUCACAUUUUAUUUUAUUAAACAGAAUAAAUGAAAAGAUUUUUAAAAAUUCUAAGUGAUUGAAAACUCAAAAUUUCACUUUUAAAGAUCACAUGGUUACCAGGAGAAAGCAAGAUAAACAUGACAAAAUAGAGUUUUGUGCUAAUUCAAGUAUUAACAAAGAUUUGUGUAACACAUCUUUUGGCCUGCACUCAAAGUAGCUGUUAGAACCUAAACAUAAUUCUCAAUAAAUAAGGAAAGUAUUGAAGAUUUAGGCGUUAUCUCCAAAAAUGAGAAAAAUAAUAGUAGAAUAAAUGUUUUUAGAAGUAGAGUUAUAAAGAAUAUAAAGAUAAAAGAAAUUAAUGAAAUAAAACAAAGAAACUAAGAAAUAAUAAUAAAUGGAAAAUAUGGUAUUUUGAAAAGAAUUAAUAAAAAUUGAUCCAAAAAUAUAGGUAAAAAUAAAUAAUAUUAAUGAAAUUACAAUAUAUGAGUACAGUUAGAUUAGAAAAGGUGAAGGGUUAUCAACACUUUUUGCCAAUAUAUUUGAAAAGUUAAAAUAGGCCAAUGUUUAGGAAAACAAUUAUCAAAAUCACUUCAGAAGAAAUAGAAAACCAGCAUCAGCUAUUAUUUGAUGAAGUAGAAAUCAGUAAUACUUCAGGUGAUGUGGAAAGCCCCAGGUUAGGGCUCUGAGAUGUACAUUCCAGUCUUUGAGUUUUCGCAGAUUGUUUUUCUUUACGAAGUCACUUCCUUGUCUUCCUCAGGACUAACUCUCGCUAGUCCUAUGUUAUAACAUCAUAUCCUAAAUUGUGACAGUUUAUUUUAUAUCCUCUGUUUAGGAUUUGUCUUUCUUGUCUAUUGUGGUUGAUUUAUGAGUCCAUGGCUGUAGAUUUCUUGUUUUAUUUUACCUUCUACAAGAAUAGUUAAUAACUUUUCUUGUUCUGUUACUCUAAAAUCGAGGAACUUUUAUAUUUAAUCCCAAAUCUCUUUAUUUUUAAAUUUUUAUUAUUUUUUGGUUGUUUAAGACCGAGUCUCACUCUGUCACACAGGCUGGAGUGCAGUGCAGUGAUCUUGGCUCACUGCAGCCUCCACCUCCCAGGUUCAAGUGAUUCUGGUGCCUUAGCCUCCCGAGUAGCUGGGACUACAGGCAUGCACC